AAAAGAACACCAAAUUCCUCUCUCUCUCUCUCUCUCUCUCUCUCAUGCUCAUAUUCCUCUGCCUCUCUCCUCUGUUUCUCACACCUCAUAAGUAUGUUGAAUCUCCUUUUGUCCUCGCCCCUCUCUCUGUCUCUCUCUGUCUCCUCUCUCAUCUCAUGAACUCAAUAUAGUUAACACCAACCCAUGAAAGUGAAAAGGGAAGAGGGGUAGUGAAGAAGAAGAGAUGGAGAAGAGCAGGUGUGGUUGCUGGGCUGUUCUGAGACGCACCUCCUCUGCCUCAAGAGACUCUGCCAAUUCCAUUCCUCGUACCAGCACAGUUUAUGAUGCAGCUGAGACACGAUACCUCAAUGCGAGCAACCGCGAGAUGUAUCCUCCUAAUGAAGCUCGCUUAUCCUCUGAUAUGCCCGAGCCACCAGUGGCAGAUAAUAAACCCAAGUGCCAGCUUCUCCAGUUCACUUUUCAGGAGCUAAAAUCUGCGACUGGGAACUUCAGGCCGGAUAGUAUUCUUGGGGAGGGGGGAUUUGGUUAUGUCUUCAAAGGGUGGAUUGAGGAGAACGGUACGGCGCCCGCAAAACCUGGUUCAGGAAUUACAGUUGCAGUCAAAAGCUUGAAGCCAGAUGGUCUCCAGGGGCACAGAGAAUGGAUGGCCGAAGUCGAAUUUUUGGGACAGCUUCACCAUGCCAAUCUUGUUAAGCUCAUUGGCUGCUGCAUCGAAGAUGAUCAGAGGUUGCUUGUCUAUGAGUUUAUGACCAGGGGAAGUCUUGAAAAUCAUCUUUUCAGAAGAGCUGUGCCUCUUCCAUGGUCCAACAGGAUAAAGAUUGCCCUCGGCGCAGCAAAAGGAUUGGCCUUCCUGCACGGGAACCGCAAACCUGUCAUUUACAGAGAUUUCAAGACUUCAAAUAUUUUGCUUGAUUCGGAGUACAAUGCAAAGCUUUCGGAUUUCGGUUUGGCGAAAGCCGGGCCACAGGGAGACAAAACUCAUGUUUCUACUAGAGUUGUGGGGACAUAUGGCUAUGCUGCUCCAGAAUAUGUAAUGACAGGUCAUUUGACGUCGAAAAGUGACGUCUAUAGCUUUGGCGUUGUGCUUCUCGAGAUCCUAACGGGUAGAAGAUCAAUGGACAAGAAACGUCCCAGCGGAGAACAGAACCUCGUCACGUGGGCCCGACCCCAUUUGGGGGACAAGAGGAAGCUUUACCAGCUGGUUGAUCCGCGCCUCGAACUGAACUACUCAAUCAAAGGAGUCCAGAAGGUGUCUCAAUUAGCCUACCACUGCCUCAGCAGGGAUCCCAAGUGCCGCCCCACGAUGGACGAAAUCGUCAAGGUGCUCACCCCAUUACAAGACCUCAACGACCUCGCAAUCUUGUCUUGCCACUCACGGUCAUAUCAACAAGGAAGGCGCAAAAAAAAGCCGGACCCGAUUCAGCAGCGGAGUUACGUCCAGACCAAAAGCAUUAGAGAUUCUCCCCUGAACACCGGCAAGCAGAACUCGAAGUGACGAGUCAGCUGUUCCCUUUCCUUCUGAUUGAUUCGAGUACUAUUGUAAGUUUGGUUUUUGUACUAGAAUGUUUGGUCCUAAUUAGUGCCGGAUUGAGAAAGAAAAAGGAAGACGGAAAAGUGCUUUCCGGUUCUUCUUCCACGAUCUCUCAUGCUAGAGAAACUAACCUUGGGAUAUCCCCGCGAGUUCUGUAUUGUAGUUGAGUUUUACAUCUGUAAUUAGAUGAACGAACCCCGUUGUUCUCCGCAA